CAAGAAUGGGCAGAAAAAUACAAACCCAUCCAAACAAUUGACCCAACAUGGUAUAGCACAACCACAACAAAGAUUACACCUCUCGAACUAGAGACUACAAUCAAAGAAAUACCCAAUAUAAAGACUAUCGGACUCUCAAGGAUAUCAAACGAAAUGUUAAAACACCUAGGCUCUCGAGCAAAAACUACAAUUCUAGAUAUACUCAACAACU